AAAUUGAAGAACAUAAUCAUAAUAAGGAGAGAUAACUAGUCUCGGCCUCCUCCCAUGCCUCGAAAUCCGAAAAGCGAAUCUCUCUUUGCCCUUGCGCCCCCAGUUAUCCCCUGCUCGGUUCAAGCUUAGAGAGACGGGGAUUCGGUUAUAGCAGACAAGAGAAAUAAGAUCUGAUUCAGGAAAAACGACUAUCGAUACGUUGCCGAGCAAACCCAUUUGAUCGAAAUGCUGUUUGGUGAAUUGCGAGCACAUGGUUUGCGACUUUUGUGAUUUCUGCUACUCUGUAGGGUAAAGGAUUCUACUAAAAUAUUUCACAGAACAUAUAGAGAAGAAUGGCUGAGGGAAUAUCAAGUUUCUGGGGUCCUGUCACGUCAACUAUCGAGUGUUGUGAGAAGAAUUAUGCCUACUCUUCUUAUAUUGCAGAAUUUUACAACACAAUAUCCAACAUCCCGACCAUUCUUUUGGCCCUCAUCGGUCUUAUCAAUGCCUUAAGACAACGAUUUGAGAAGAGAUUUACCAUUCUUCACAUAUCUAAUAUGAUACUUGCCAUUGGAAACAUGUUAUACCAUGCCACGUUGCAACGUGGGCAACAGCAGAGCGAUGAAACUCCUAUGGUGUGGGAGAUGCUACUUUAUAUGUACAUCCUUUACUCACCAGAUUGGCACUACCGUAGCACAAUGCCUACCUUCCUCUUCCUUUAUGGUGCUGUUUUUGCUGUUGUUCAUGCAAUAGUCCAACUUGGCAUUGGCUUCAAGGUGCAUUACUUUAUAUUGUGUCUUCUAUGCAUUCCUCGAAUGUACAAGUAUUACAUUCACACACAAGAUGCUUCUGCUAAGCGGCUUGCAAAGAUAUAUGUGGCUACCCUUUGUCUAAGUAGCUUGUGUUGGUUCUGCGAUCGUGUUUUCUGCAAGGAGAUAUCUGGUUGGCCCAUUAAUCCACAGGGUCAUGCUCUGUGGCACAUCUUCAUGGCCAUUAGUUCCUACUUCGCAAAUACCUUCUUGAUGUUUUGCCGUGCUCAGCAACGUGAAUGGUCCCCAAAAGUUGUCCAUAUCAUGGGUGUUCUCCCCUAUGUGAAGAUCGAAAAACCAAAAACUCAAUGAAAGAGACACCAAGGUAAUGAAAUCAAGUUAUAUAGGCUUUCUUGAGAAGUUUUGGCUGUUGACAGACGUAAGCAAGCUGCCAGUUUUGUUUUGUUUUCUAGAUGGAAUAUUACACUGGUUACGUGGGAUCCAGUCAAAUUUUUUCUUGUAGAAAUAGAGCAUGUACAAUAUCUAUGUCUUUGCUGGCAAGUAUGAGAUCAGAUGGCUUGUUUCUGGAUACUUAGAUUUGUUGUUUGGUUUUAGAAACUUGUGAUUCUGCGAUGAUUGUUAUUUAACUGGAGAUAUUCGUGACUCUUGAUUUUUUUUA